ACCUGAAUCGGUACACCUUCGCAUAUGGCGUCAGCGGCAGGAUACUGGUUCGAAUCUCCUUGGGUGCACAUUUUUUCUCCUGACUUGGAUAUUUUCCCAUGGACACAAUGUGUGUCAGUCCUGAGAACACCUCUUGGGGUCGAUCCUAGAAAGAACCUUGUUACGCUUUCAUCGAAUUACCCAUCCUGGCCACAAGAGGUUCCCAGUUGAGGGUAAAUUCUGUGGGUGGAGAGUGUUAAGGAGGAUCCGAUUCGCAGGGUACCGUCGAUUGACUUUAACCUGAAUCGGUACACCUUCGCAUAACAUCGUCGUCUUGUUGUGUGAAUCUCUACGGCUUCCUGUGUUUUAUGUCUCGGAAUGAUGCGUAUCGCCAGCGAGCCAUGGCAGGCACACGGCGACGGCGCGGCCGCGGUGACAGUGGCGGGUAACGCGGUCCCGGAGGUUGGCGGCAGCGGCGACGGUGCGUCGGUGGCGGCGGCUGCAUUCCAUGGUGCGCCACCAGCGGUGUGCGACGGCGACGAUGACGUAGCGUCGGCAGUGGCGGGUCCCCACGGUACAGCGGCAGCAGCGGGCGGCGAAGCGGUGAUGGUCCCCGCCGUGGCGGCGGCGACGGCAGGUCAAGUGGCAGCGUUGGCAGAGGGCGGCGAAGCGGCAGUGGUCCCGGGUUCCAACUCCCUGGGGAGGGUGUUCCCUUGUUGCUUGGCAGUCGAACUCAAAAUGGGUUCGGGAAAGUGGCCAGCGCGGUGGUGGAAAACGUCAACAUCCAUUUGUUCGGCACGACCCAACACAGCCACAUCAUGCUCAAACGCAACUCCUUCCCUCGCAUCAAACAUCCCCGCACUCGUCCCCUUAUCUUCCUGCAACUGCUCACCACCUUUGGGUGUUGACAUCCUAGUGUGGGAUACCGGAGCUUGAGGGGUUAGCAGCAGGAUUCACUACAGGAACAACAGGAGCAUCAAGCACAGACAUACCAGCAACGGGAACACCAGACACCUCCCCAUCACUAACAACUCCGAUCUCAUUUCCAGUCACAGAAUCAGACUCGCCUAGAGGUUUCACACUACUUGUGUGGAAGAGACGAAGAGGGGCGCCACUAGCUGGAGGAAUGUCGCCCGGAGGUGGAGAGGGGGUCGCCGUCGAGGAGGCAGAAGUCUUUGGGGAUGCGCUGAUGUACUGCUGCUGCUGCUG